AUGUGUGUAGAAUUCAGCAAAACCAACUUGGAAGCGAGAAUGUUUGCGGUAAAUCCAGAGCUUGCCAGGAAAUUUAAGAAUGCAAGGAAAAUACUGAGCGAAGACAGCACCGAUUCCAAAACAGAGUUCGAUGUUCGCGAAGACGAAGAGCAAUCAGUCAAAUUGCAGGAAAUUAUCGAUAUUUUAGUAGCUGCCGGUUACUUUAGAGCGAGAAUAAAAGGCCUAUCGUCCUUCGAUAAAGUCAUCGGAGGAAUGGUAUGGUGUAUCGAAUCAUGUAACGUUGAUUUAGACGUGGAUCUUCUAUUCAAAGAAAACCUAAGCAUUGGCCAGAAGAUAGCUUUGACUGAAAAAAUAGUAGCCGUAUUGCCGAAACUGAAGUGUCCUCGUACAAUAGAACCGCAUCAGAUACAAGGAUUGGAUUUCAUAAACAUAUUUCCAGUUAUACAAUGGCUGGUGAAGAAGUCAUUAGAGCGUCGACAAGAAGUGGCCUCUUUCGUAAGAGCUUGUGCAGUAGACCAGUUUAAUAAAACAUUUCACGUGCUCGAUAAGAACCACACGAAGCAUUCCAAUUUGAUAGAAAAUUUGAAGUUUGUAUCAGAAGUUUACCGUCCUCAUCGAUUUUACAGGAGGGAAAAUACCGGUCAAAUCGAUGCGAAAUCUCAAAUCCACCUAACUCUUGUCGAAUACGGCCACAGCGAUGGCAACCUAAAGGAUAUAAUUACUGCUGAAGAGCACAAAAUAGCAGAUUUCAACGACGAUUAUCGCAGUAAUUUGAAUAAACAUUAUACUACGUUGCAACUGGAAUUGAACGAUGCCGGAAUGCUAUCCAGAGAGCAAGCCAUUAUCGAAUCUUUGGAAGAGAAGAAACAAAUUUUCGAUGAGAAAUGCAGCGACUUCAUUAAGCAAGAUAAAAUCUUAGCCAAUGAAAUAAAAUUAGCUAAAACAGAUCUCGAGGAAUUACGAGAAAAAAAGGAAGCCGCCGAUAAGUCCUUACAAGAAUUGAACAUCGAGGACCAGGAAGACGCUAAACUCAAACAAAUAGAAGAACUAAUAAUAUUAAACGAUGAUUUAAAAGCGCAGGAAGCUAAAUUUAAAGAGCAUUGCAAGAAGGAAUUGGAUAACUUGAAUAAACUAAUAGAAGAUGCGAAAAAAGCGAAAGUUAAAGUUCCUACGAACCAGAACGAGGAUUUGUCUGAAGAAAUAGAAGAGGCGACUCAAAAUAUACGCACGCUUCGAAUAAAACUCGCCAAAGUCAACAGAGAAGUCGCCCAUUUACAACGAAGCUUAGACGACGUACCGAAGAGGGCCGAAUUGGCGCAGUAUCAAAAGAGAUUCGUCGAAUUGUACAACCAAAUGGCCGUCAAGCACAAGGAAACGAAGCAAUAUUACACCCUUUACAACACCUUGGAGGACACUAGAUUGUGGAUGAAGAAAGAAUUGUCUAUAUUAAACUCGAUUUCUGACAGCUACCCCGAGGCGAUGACGUCUUGGAAAUCGAAGGAAGAAUUCUUGGACCAGUUCCAGAACAUCAUCGAGAACGUUCGCAGUUCGAAAUCGAAAAUCGAACAGAAAUUGGAGACUGAGAAACAGACAAGAGAUCAACUCAGCAACACGCUGCAUGGGCUGGUCGAGCAGCAAAGGAAAUAUGUAAUGGCUAUUAAACAAUUGGGAGUCGAGUGCAAAAAACAGGAGAAUCUAAUUAAGAUGCAAGGGUGA